AAACGUCCCAAUCCACUCAAACGCUAUCAACAAUGAUCUCAAUUUUGGAAGCUCUGGAUAUGGAGGAGCCACACACUCACUUUUGGUCCACACCCUAACUAUUUUCUCUCUGUAAGCCGAUUGAGGUUUCCGAACGACGACGAUGAUGCUCUCGACAUCUCCUCAAACGCUUUUUGGAUGUUUUACAGCAUCCAAUUACGGAGGAAGAUUAUUCGAUUAUUCUCUUACUUCUUUCUCCUUACGUCGUCGAAUUCCCUGCGCUUUACAAUCGAGGGCACUAAGCAAGAGGUACAACUCUAUGCGAGAAGAAGAUUUUCGACUUUUUGCACAAAAAGUGUGGGAAGGGUCCAGUAAACUUGAGCGCAGGCCUGAUGAAAAUGAUAAUCAGCUCAAAGCUGCAAACAUGCUCAAGGAUGUUCAUGAUUUUGGUGCUUCAUAUCCAUCUACUUUAAAUAUGUGUAGAGCAGAUGACAUUGUUGCUGCUAUGGACACAUCAAGUCUCGAUAAAAGAACUCAGCAGUUACUAAAGUUUGUCUUUCUCUUUGGGAUACUCACAUUCCAGGGUGUUCAAAAUGCAAGCGCUACAUCGAGUUUUAUGGAUAACUUGCAGUCCGAUAACUUCUUUGGGGACCUUAGUGACAUUAGCACAGGUUUCACUUCAGCAUUCUUGUUGAUCUUCUUUUCUGAACUUGGAGACAAAACCUUCUUUAUUGCAGCAUUGUUAGCUGCCAGAAAUUCUGCGGCAAUUGUUUUCACUGGCACUUUUGGUGCACUUGCGAUCAUGACUAUUAUAUCUGUGAUACUUGGAAGAACUUUUCACUAUAUUGACGGUGUCAUUCCUUUCAGUUUUGGUGGAAGUGACUUGCCUAUUGAUGACAUUGCUGCAGUCUGUCUCCUUGUGUAUUUUGGGGUCACCACACUUAUUGAUGCUACCUCAAGCGACAGUCAGAAGGCUGAAGAUGAACAGAAAGAGGCUGAGCUGGCAGUUUCUGAUUUUUCUGGAAAUGGAGCUGGUAUCCUAGCUGCUGCUAGCACAAUCGCUAGUACGUUUGUAUUGGUUUUUGUUGCUGAAUGGGGUGACAAAUCAUUCUUCUCAACAAUAGCGCUUGCUGCAGCCUCGUCACCACUUGGAGUCAUAGGUGGAGCUCUUGCUGGUCAUGGAGUAGCAACCUUGCUUGCUGUUGCUGGGGGAUCAUUGCUGGGUACCUUCUUGUCCGAAAAAGUCAUUUCAUACGUUGGAGGUGUUCUUUUUCUGGUUUUUGCCGGUAUAACAUUGGUAGAGAUAAUUCAAGGUUAGACACAUCUGUUCUUGUAUUUCUAAGAAGGAAUGGUCCUUAUGUUGCCAAUUUGUAAAAAGGCGACAUAGGCUCUUUCUGAUUCUGACGUUAAUUAUUCAUUUCAAGAUCAAUUGCUCAUUUAUUUUUCUCAUGGCUCUUCAUCUGUUCAUAGUAAUCUUACUGAGUGAUUCAUCUUUCACGAUUGUAGCUUAGAUAUCAUCUCUAUUAAAAUGUUGAAUUUUCUUGCCUGAUGUAGCUAAUACAUGCUUCUGGGUUUGUAUUGUUCCUGGAAUUAGUGAAAUUGUAUGAAAUGAUCUCACAAGAGUUUCAUUUAACAUAAGUGAACAGGUAGCGUAGUGGUUACUGCUGGUUUACUGGUUACUAAUUAGUUCCUUCUUCCGAAUCCGAGGUUUAAUCCUCAACUCGUAUCUUCUUUUCCUGCUCACUGUGGUGCAUAGUACUCCCUGCAUAAAAUCUAGAGUCCAUAUAAUAAAGCUUGUAGAAAAGUUAUGAAACCAAUAGAAAAUGUUACUUCUUCCAUUUCAAUUGUUGGCUAAACUUUGAUCAAAACCGUGAUUUUGAGAUUUUUUUUUUUAUUAAAGUGUAACCAACAAAUUAAAACAGAGUUGUACUUUUAAAGGUUGAGGAGGGGGCAUGUCCCUAUAAAUGUGCUUUUGCUCCUUUGUUCUCUUUGGUUGAUAGUAACUACAUAGGAGUGUUAGAAUUGAACUGAAUUGGUUUAAACAGAAUUAUUCUUAAGCAGGUGAAGUUAAAUUGAACUACAUGGAAAAAUGGUCAAAAUGUUGGAAUAAAAAUAUAUUUUUUAGUAGAACUAAACGAAAUAGAGAUAAGUGAAAAUGAUUGAACUGAAUUAAAUAGGUUUAACUCAAAUGGAGUGUAGCAAACAAGCCCAAGAGUAUUUAUAUUGUUGGGACAUUUAUUUGUUCUUUAAUAUGGCAUGAUGACUAGAAUAAGAUAAUUUGCAAACUAUAUUAUAUCUUCUUUUAUAAAAAAAUUUAGAAUCAAUACAUAAAUAUUUAUAUAAUGAUUCUAAUUUUAUUUAUUUAAUUUUUUUUUUUUGAAUCAUUUAUGCUCUAACCAUGUGAAUUUUCCUGGCAAUAAUUUCCACUUUUCCUUCGAUUUUGCAUUUUCGCCUUAAAGAAUACAAAAGUACUCAUUUGCUAAAAAAUGUUUGCAUCAGAGCGAUGAAGACAGCACUUAUGACACAAUUACGUGUUUUUGAUUGUUUAGUGAAGUGCAUUAUGCACUAAAACUAAAUUAAAAGGGAACGGCGAAUAUUAGGAGACCAAAAUUGGUGGAUCUACUUUCCUGUGUGUUAUUAAUACCUGUCUCGUGGAACUUGGGUUUAUUUAAUUACGCUAAUUCUCCUAUAAUAUACUUCAUAGAAGUCUCACGAUGGGACCACAGGCUCAUUAGAUAUUGAUGCUAGAUUCAUCCGUCUGGCAGUGUGCACAAUAAAAGAAAUGUAACUUGGGGUUAUGAAUUCUGCUACACAUAACGCUAUUAGCGUGAGUUAUUGACUGUAAUUAUUGAUUAACUAGAUAGAUUUUAUAUAAAAUAUGAAUGUUAUAAAUAUUUAUUGAUAUGAAGAAUGAUCUUAUUUUAUAAAAUUAAUUUAUUUACGACAUAAAUUAUAGAAGUAUGUUGGUUAUUGAGUGUUUAUAAGAGAAAUAGUGGAUUAAAAGGCAAAAGUCAGUAAAAAAAACUAUUUGGGUCUGCCUGGAUUGGGAGUAUUAUAGGAAAAAUAGUAGCCCACUAAAUAGUUAAGGGUAUUUAAAUGGGCUAGAUUGAAAGUAAUUAUUUGAGCCCGUUAAAUUUUACCCCAAAUAUGGGGGUACUUAGUACCUUGCCCCACUCUAGAGUAAUUAAUCCAACAAACUACUCCUUCAUCACGUGCAUUCCUCCGUCUUCUUUCUUUUCAUUUUAAAUAUUCUUUGUCUUAUCAAUUCAUCUCUUUCUCUUUCCUUUCUCAUGUUACUCUCCAAUCUACAUAAAAAUUAUAACUUAAAAAAUUUUGUAGAUUAUAUAUUUUUCUUUUUUGUAGAUAAAAAUCAUCAAUUUCAUUCCAUCGUUUUUAGUUUCUCUAAUUUUUUUUUAUUGAAUUUUUCUGGAAUUUGAUAUUCGAAUUUGAGAUAUUUUAUGAGCAUUAUAAAGAAUUUAUAUAAAAAAAACUUAUUUUUGUAUCUAAAAAUAAUUAUUUUGAAUUUUAACAGCUUUUUAUGGUUUUUAGGUUAAAAUUUUAAGAGCUUAUGAGUCAUGAGGAUUAUCUUCAAAAUUAAUGGAGAGAGAGAGGGAAGAGAUAAAUACCAAUUUACCUUCAGACUUCAUCUUUCUAAGAGUGAAAUUGAAAAUGAUUCUUUGUGAAUAUUUCCACUAAUUUACCAGUUAAUAUGCCAAACUACAUAUCCUAUAACUCCGAAAAUUUUUUAUCUCCCUUAUUUGUUUCCUAUACUAUUUAUGACAUAAAAAAAAGUUAUGUUUACAUUUUUUAAAGUAAUAUGUGCAUUAGCACGAAUAUAAUCUUGUUUCAAAAAGAAAUUGAAGGUUUUGUAGUACAUUAUAUAUACGUAGCGGUUCCAUUAGAUCUUUAAAAUAUUUCUAAAAUAUUGUAAAUGAUUUUAAAAUCAAAUGACCUGAGAAUAAGCUUUUCCAAUUUCUAUAAUUAAGUUCUCAUUUCUUUGUUGAACAAGACUUGAUCAAGAGGAAUCAAUUCACUUAAGUAGCUAAUUAGCUAGGACGUGUUUUUUCUAUCCGUUCGUUAUAAUUUUUUUUAGUUAUUUUUUUAAACUAAAAACUGAAAGUGGAUAAUAAUAAAAGGUGAUUUUUAUUUUCACUUUUUAGUUGAUAUUUUUCAUAAUGAUACAAAAAUAAAUAAUAAAAAAUAUAUAAUAAGACGAAUUUUACAUAAAUAUUAUAGUAUUCGAUAUAUUUUUUGUGUGCCUCAAUUAGCAUUAUUUGUUUUUUUGGUAAAAUUAUUAAAAAGGAGAAUUGAAUUGCAUAGAUGAUAAAAUUGAGUAAUUAAGAUAGAAUGAGAAAGAUCGUAAAUGUGAUUAAAAAAUUAGAAUGAAACCACUUCUAAAUAAAAGAAAGUGUAACCAAUGGAUCAAAAGAAAAUAAAAAAUGACCGGAAAAAUAGGAAGAAAAUAAAAUUAGAAUGAAAUAUCUCUCGAAAAAUUUAUAUAGAUUUUUCUCCCUUUAAAAUAAAUUAUUCUAAAUAGAAGAACAGGAAGGGAAGAGAGCCUACAGUAGAAUUACAAAAAGUAUAAAUUAAAUUGAGUAAAAAUGACUUUCUAUAAAAAAGCAUGUGAUCACCAAUCACUUUGGGGAUUUGGGACGACUAAAAAGUGGGAAACUAUAAGUUGGUCGUUGAAAUCGUAGGGACUAGGGAUUAGGGAAACUAAAGUGGAGGGGGGCAUAGAUCUUAUAAUGGAAUAAAGUUUACUCGAGUGGUCUCAUUACUACUUAUUAGUGUUUUAAUUAAAUUAAUUUAAUGGGAGAAUUUAGGGGUCGGGUUAUGCUAUUUGUUAGAUUGUUUAAUAUCUUUUCAAAUGAACGGGAAUCAAGUAUUCCUUAUGUUUCUAUUUUUUAGUCGUAUUUUUCUUUGUAUCCCUUUUGUAUUUAGUUAUGUUUAUUUUUUAUGAAAAUGUCUUCAUCAGUUUUUUAACUUUUAUUAUGUAUUUUAAUUUUUUUUCUAAUUUUAUGACGAUUUGUAUUGAACAUCACUAAAAAAAAGACUCAGCAUAAUAAUAAAAGAAUUCUACGUUUAUAUGAAAUUGUCUUGCUUUUUGAAGUUAUUCUUCCAUAUUUUGUCAUGUUAUUUUUUUAUGUAAAUAUCCUUACCACUUUUAUCUAAUCUAAUCCACAUUUUUCUCGAUUUUUCUUUUAAUAUUAUUUAUAAAUUUCUUUGUACUAAUUGAGUAAUUUUCCAUAUUGCAAUAUCACAAGAGGAGGAGUAUUCAUAAUUUAAUUGGAAACAAUUAAAGUAGAAGAGUAAUGGCUAAAAAGGGUUUUCUUUAAAAAAGUGUGGUCAAUGGAGCUCAAUUCUCGUAUUUGUACCUUAUGCUUUUAACAAGAUCGUGUACUAAAAGACCGCAUCUCCAACGCAUAUUCUUUGCGGAAAACCUUUCUUUUGUAAAAGGCAACCAUCUCCCCUUUCUACCACCUAAUUAUAACAUUUAUAAGUAAGAUAAUGUUUAGUAUUUAUCUAACCAUAACUUUUAUGAGUGAGAUAUACUUAUUGGAUAACAAUGAAGUUACUCAACAUUUUAAUUAAUAUUUAGCAUGACUUUCAAGUUUCAUCAAAAAUCUUAUCCAAAUACCUGUAGAGAGUAUUGUUUUCUUCAUCCUGUUUUAUUCGCUACACAAGAGCUUUGAACAAGAAUUAUAAAUUUUUU